AUGGAACCAGCAUCAGUGACAUUUAGUGAGCUGGUUAGAGUCUGGAGGGGAUCUCCGAGGAAUUCAACUUAUCACCAUGACACCUCCAUGGGCAAAAUAAUAUUUAACACCAUGAAAACCUGGCCCAAGAACAUUUGUCAGAUAAACGACAUUGAUGGCAUGACUGUGACCUUUGAUCAAGCCCUUAUUUGGGCCAUUAGGAUAGCCCAGUUCUUCAAGAAGCGUGGUCUUGGACACAAGGAUGUCAUUGGCAUUGCCAUAAAGAACUCUACUUAUGCAAUGCCAUUGGGAGUGGCUUGCUUUCUGAAUGCAACACCCUUUCACUCCAUAAACACCUUGUUAGAUGAAGCCACCACUACCCAUGUGUUUUCCAUCACCAAACCAUCUAUGAUAUUCUGCGAUGGAUGCGACAUUAAGAAAAUAAAAGCAGCUACCAUUGGCUGGAGCCCUGAGAUCUAUACCCUCACCGACCACGUUUAUGGAGUGCCGAGCAUUGAAUCUCUUUUGGAUCCCACCUCCACUGAGAGAACUUACCAACCCGAACCACUAAAGGAAGGUGGAGACCAAACAGUGGUAAUUCUGUGCUCUUCAGGAACUACUGGCUUGCCAAAAGCCGUGUGCAUCUCCAAUAGUAUUCUUUACAACGACAGCAUGGUGGCUAGUAGUGAGUUCGUCAUCUUCACGCCCAGUUGCCUGGACUGGUUUACUGGACUGGUGACGUUCAUGUUCAACACCGUUGCGGGUUGCACGAGAAUCCUAACCAGCAAGCCCUUCACCCCGGAGUACUUUGUGCAGCUGGUAAAAAAGUACAAGAUCAACGUUGCCGUUCUGCCACCUAUACACCUGUCCGCCUUGGCCAGUUGUCCGGAUGCCACGCCAGAGGCUCUGGCCUCCAUUAUGAACAUUCAUUACACUGGCGGCUGGGUUUCCCUGGGCACACUCCGAAAGAUCCAGGACAUAUGCAUGUUUGCUCUCAUAAGCACUGGUUAUGGAAUGACCGAAAUGGGAAUCGUAACGGCCAACGCUGGGAUCAACAAUCUAUCAUCGGUGGGCAGACCAGUUCCAGGUGUCCAGAUGCGCAUCGUGGAUGAGGAGGGAAAAAACCUGACAUACAACCAAGUGGGUGAGCUGUAUGUUCACACGAAUCGGGUUUGGAAUGGUUACUAUGCAAAUCCUAAGGAAACUCGGAACCUGCAAGACUCUGAGGGCUGGUACCACACCGGAGAUCUGUGCUACUUUGAUAAAUGCAAUUUUCUGUAUAUGGUGGAUCGUAAGAAGGAAACUCUUAGGUAUGGUGGGGUCACCUACUGGCCCACUGAGAUCGAGAGCAUUAUAUCUCAGCUGCCUGACGUGCAGAAUGUUUGCGUGGUUGGCAUCUACGAUGAAAGGGUUGGGGAUGAGGCUGGUGCCUUGGUGGUCAAGAGUCCUGGAAGCGAAGUCAGUGGUCAAGAUAUUGUGGACUAUGUGGCCAGGCACUCGACUGCCAAGGAGAAGCAGCUCCAUGCUGGAGUCCAGUUCACCGAGAAACUGCCCAGUAAUGCCAAUGGAAAGACCUUACGCAAGGCAGCACGCGAUGAAUUUGCUGCCAAAAGGGGGCUUUCAAAUUAG